AUGUUUCAAACCCUACAAAAAUUAAGGGUGAUAUGCUUUAUGUUCGCCACAACUGCUGAACGAAAAGUUCCACCUACUCCUUCCAAUAUACCUUUCACCCUCAAUAACCUCUGGGAUAAUCCAGGGGCCAGGAAAAUAUAAAAGCGAUGGGGAAGAAGUGGUACAAGAGGAAAUGCUUGUGGAAGAGGAUAAAGAGGACAAGGAGCCCGUUCAGGAGCUGGAGUUCCUCCUAAAUUUGAAGGAGGCUAAACACCCUUAACAAGAAGACUUCCCAAAUGGGGAGCCAAACCCAGUUUGGAAAUUUAUCGAGAAGUCAAUAUAUGUCAGAUCGUAGAUAGGAUCAAGUAAGGAAGAAUCGAUGCUACUUAGCCAAUCUAAAUUAAGGACAUGUUAGAGUCAAGAAUUUUUAGUAAAUGCAAAUAUGGAGUCAAACUAUUGGCAAGAGGAGCUGAAAGAUUGAGUGAAUUAAAUACUCCUAUAACUAUUGAAGUAUCAGAUGCUUCUAAAACUGCUAUUGAUGCAAUAAAGAAGGCUGGAGGUGAAGUCAAAGUUGUUUACUUUACACCACUGUUAUUGAGAUAACAUUUGUUCCCUGAUAAAUACCCAUUAGAAUUAAGACCAGCUCUUCCUCCUUCAAGAGCAGUGGAGGCUAUCCAAAGAACAGAAGAGAGAGGAGCUGUGGCUGAUUACAUCAAACCUAAGUGGGUUAUAGAGGAUGAAAUUGAGAAGAAGAAAUUAGAGGAGAUGGCCAAACUUGAGGUAGAUACUCUCAAAGUUCAAUUGCAAGUGGCUGAGACUGUUGAGACUGUGAAGAAAGAGAAGAAGAAGAAGAAAUAAAAGCAAUAAGAGGAAAAAUAAGUUAGCACUUUGGAUUUAACAAACUUCAAAUACCCGGUCAGUAGGGAACCUGGAUGUGGCAAGGACAAAAUCAAAUAGCGUAAACCAGUAGUGUAUAAAAAGAUAUCGAUAAGCUUGGAUUGAGUUAUUCAUAUAAUUUCAUAGUAAAUAAAAUGCAUAUUAUUAU